AUGCUGCGUCGUCUUGAGAAGAGAAUUUUAGUGGAUUUGCCUAACAUACAAGCACGCCAGCACAUGUUUGAAGAUUUUCUUCCAACUUUUACCAGUUCGAGUACACCAUCUGGCCUUGAGCUUCAUUGCCGAAUUGACUACAAACGUGUAGCGGAGCUGACGGAAGGCUAUUCUGGUUCGGACAUUCGCCUCGUCUGCAAGGAGGCGGCAAUGCGGGUUAUAAGAAAGAUCUUCGACAUCUUAGAGGGAAAUAGCGUAUCAAAGGAGCAUCACGCCAAAAAUAAUGGAGAAUUACACGUCCGUCUUGACCCCGUCACGACAGAAGAUGUUGAGGCUGCUCUCCAGUCAACAAUGCCUUCGGCCCGGCAGCUAGUCGCAAAGUAUCAAGAAUGGCAGCGCAAUUACGGCUCUGCCUGA